AUGGCAACUCAAAACGGAAAACCAUCCAAUCCAACCCCCAGCUACGUUGCAUCGGAAGGCUCUGUCCUGUAUGCCAACCGUGUGUUGUACACCCGCAUCGCAGAGACAACAGCACGUAAGAUUGUCCAAGACUUCAUAGUCCCAAUCAGGAGCGGAAGAGCCUGGUGUGUUCCCGCCGGACACAUCUGCCGCAUCAGCACGCCCGAAGGUCCUCAGGUCGGCGAUUUAAACAUCUGGAAUCUGCAGAACCCGAGGGAGAAGUUCUGGGCAAGCAGGACGAAGCAGUUGCAUGCCGCCCACGUGUCAACUUUCGACAGGCUAUGGAGUUGUUUGCCCUUUUUGCGGCCGAUGGUCACAAUUAUAGGUGACUCGUUGGGCGGGGACAAGUAUGGGACUGAUGCUGUGGGAGGGAGGGUGCAUGAUUUACUGGGCACCAGGUGUGAUCCUUACGUGAACAAGAUGCUGACCGGUCAUGACUUUGACUAUCAUUGUCAUUCGAAUCUUACAAGGGCGAUUAUGCCUUGGGGACUAACUGAAUAUGAUGUCCAUGAUGUGAUCAAUCUUUUCCAGGUCACGGGGCUAAACAGGGAUGACAAGUACUUCAUGCGGCCAUGCCCGGCAAAGCCUGGAGACUACAUUGAGUUCUUCGCUGAGAUCGAUGUCCUCAUGGGUUUAUCCACUUGCCCUGGUGGUGAUCUCUCGGCCUGGUCCUUUGGGGGUGGCGCGGACGAUAUGCUGGCUACAUGCCGUCCGCUCAGGGUGGAAGUCUGGGAGAUCACAGACCAGACAGUUCUGAAGGAUUGGGAAUCUUCUGAGCCGCCGGCAUAUAAGGGGCUCCACGGGAUUGAAUUGUCUUAA